CUACCUGUAGCCUCUUACGCAGUACCCUGCUGGGGUUCUUGGCACAAGCCAGCUCCACAACAGGUCCAAGGUCAGCUCCACCACAGCUCCGUCCGCACGGUGUCGUCCGCUCCACUACCAAUACCAGCACAUACACUAGGUUGAACGAACAGCAGCUCAGCAAGAAACAAGAAAGCAGGGACACUUGAACCAGUUUGCAUCAUCGAUGGCGCCAUCGCUCCUCCGCCCGACAACGCAGCUCUCCCCAGAAGCGGCGUUGACGUUGUCGCAGCAAGCUCCAACAAUCCUGCGCAGCUCGCCCUCGACCGUGUCCUCGUCGGCCCUCAAUGCCUUGUUCGCAAGCUCCGAGAAGCCAGAGCUCUGGCUCCAGUACGAGAAUCUUAUACUGGCGUGUCUGCGGACGGGCGAUGAGCGGUCCGCGCACCAAUGCCUUGAGCGUCUCGUCGCGCGUUUCGGACCGGACAACGAACGGGUGCAGGCGCUCAACGGGUUGGUGAAGGAGGCCGAGGCAAAGAACAACAGCGAAUUGGAGGCUGUGUUGAAGGAGUACGAUCAGAUAUUGAGCGAGAACGAUACCAACAUCCCUAUUGCGAAGAGGCGGAUCGCGCUCCUGCGGUCAAUGGGGCGCCUAUCCGACGCUGCCUCAGCCCUUGUGCAACUUCUCGGCUUCUCCCCUACCGAUGCCGAAGCUUGGUCCGAGCUGUCGGAUGUCUACCUGUCUCAGGGCCUGUAUCCACAGGCCAUUUACGCCAUGGAAGAGGUCCUGGUGUUGGCGCCAAAUGCAUGGAAUGUAUGCCAUCCAACCACAGCGAUAGCGCGGGAUCUAAGCCCUAUGCUAAUGCAACCCGUUCAGAUACAUGCUCGGUUGGGCGAGCUGCAUUACAUGAACGCCACCGCUCCGGGAGCGGGCAGCGGGUCGUAUCAGAAGUCCAUGGCUGAGGCUAUCAAGCGUUUCUCGCGUAGCAUCGAGCUCUGCGACGAUUAUCUUAGAGGAUACUACGGCUUGAAGCUGGUUUCCCAGAGGGUGCUCCGCGAUCCCGGAAAGCCGCCAGUACGAUCGGGUGACAGCGAGUUCGCCCUUCCAGACAGGAGCACCAUUGAGCGGCUGAAUGAGUUAGCGACAGCCAAGCUGUCCGAGAUCGUCCGACGCAGCACUGCACAGGACCGGGGCUGGCGUGGUUACAGCGAAGCUGAGAUUGCGGCAGCUCGGGAAUUGCUCUCUGGCGAUGCGUCUGCCUCGUUGGCCAUCAAGAGAUGAUGGCCUUUGGGCCCAGGAGAAUAUCAUCGGCGCCGCCGCGCAGAGAUCCAGUGGCACGCUCGCGACGCCCGCAGCAGCAUGAGUUGUGGUGGAGA